CGAAGCAGUCAGAUUUCCGUCAUACUACUCUGAAUAAAAAUGGCAUCAGGAGAUGAGCUUCCAUCACAUCUCGCUGUCGAUACCUUCAACGUUCAAAUUCUUAACUCUGAGACCUCAAAAAGACUCGUCAAAAAUUUUGUAAUCGCUCUCAUGAACAAGGAGCGUUUCUACAUCCGCACAUUCUUUUCGACAUACAAAGCAUAUACCACUGCUGAAAGUGUGUUGUACAUCCUCCUGGACAAAUAUGGAAGCUUUGACACCUCAGAGGCAGAAGAGAUUCCAGUAAUCGAUUCAGUGAGCACAAACAGCGGAAACAAUGAUAACAUUGCGAGCUGUGAGGAGCUUGAAAAUCCAGUGCCUGCAGAGACAGUUGCUGAGAUCAGAAAGUAAGUAUUGAUCCAAAGUGUGAGGAAAUGAUGCUUUAAUCAGAAUACAAA